AUGGCAGAUACCGCUCAAACAUCGAGCGGAAAGCGCACAUACGAAGAGCGAAACUCACUAGAACCCGAGAACAAUACGCCUAACCUCAAGCGCGUGUGUCCACCCACCGAGCCAGGUCCUUCCGAGGAGGGCGCGACGGAAAAUCAACUAGCAUCUUCGGGUGCAGCAAUGUCGACGGCAAAGCCGAGGUCGAAAUUGACAUGCUUCCGGAUCAGUGGCAUUCCCGUAAGUUGGAAUAAGGAUGACCUAGUUCGCGCCCUCAGGCUCUUUGACCCUGAUUUCAAGGACGCCCUCAAGCUCUCGCUUUUCCCAGCUUGCAGUGGUCGUACUCUAACAGCCCUACUUCGACUAGAUCCGCUUACAUGCUCUGAUUACUUUCGGCGCAUGGAGUCAAGGCAAGAGCAGUACGAGUUGAUUCAGGGGGACCCCGAUAUUUAUUUGGUCAUUGAUAGACACUUCCUUGGUUUAACACCGCUCAACGCUGCAGGGGACGAUGUUCUUGUAGACGUGGUAGCAGUAACAGGUUUAGCUGGCCAUGCUUUUGGAUCCUGGUGUAGUAACCACACCGGUUGCAUGUGGUUACAAGAUCUUUUGCCGGCUGAUCUCCAGAGCAUUCGGGUCAUGACCUAUGGUUAUAAUUCUAGUCUGACCAGAGACACAGUCGAGCAGACCUUCGUUGAUUAUAGAAGAAGCUUUAUACAUGCGUUGAUGGACGCGAGGAGUAAGGUUGAGUCGAGACCAAUCAUAUUCAUUGGCCAUAGUAUGGGUGGUAUUUUAAUUCUCCAAGUACUCCUCCAAGCCAAGGCCAGACUUCAGUACAGAUCUUUGUUUGAUUGUACGAAGGCCAUCAGCUUUUUUGCAACUCCACAUCAAGGCCUUUAUGUCAAGCAGCUCCUGGAAAUGGCGCACGAUACAGGAUCGGGAUCUAAGACCGAGUUCAUCAAACAACUUAAUGAAGGUUCAUACUUUCUGGAUACUCAACGGGAGGAUAUUAGCAGCCUUUGGGAGUCCGUAUCCGAUAUUGAAAUUGCUACAUUCUAUGAAAUCAAGAGAACGCCGACUGUAAGCAAGGGUUCGUCAGGCUCUUGGGCUAGAGAUGGCGAGGAUCUUCAGAUGGUGAAUAAAAACUCUGCAAUGCUUUUUUGGCCAUUUGAGCACCGAAUCCCUGUGGAUUGUAAUCACAGAGAUAUUGUCAAGUUUUCUGCGGGGGUAGAUAGUCCGUAUAGAUCGGUUGUCAACUACAUGACUAGAUGGGUGGACAGUCUCCAAAGAUUAUCCGGUCGGGGUACAGAAACAUUAUCGCAACGUGCAAAAUCUAAGGCGCAGAAAAUCUUGGACUGGUUUUUUUUGGAAGAUAUAGCAAAGCGACAUGAGAACUUAUCCGAUAAGCGUCGUGAUGGGAUCGGUACAUGGGCUUUGAGUACUCCUGAGUUCUCUCGGUGGUUGGGAGGGGACUCAGAAUCAUCCUCACUGCUUUGGGUUGCGGGCAUUGCCGGAUCAGGCAAAACGUACUUCAGCUCAUUAGUCGUUGAUCAUCUAUUUGAAAGCUUUAAAGCCUCUGGUAGUGUCGGAGUUUCGUACAUUUACUUUGACUACAAAGAGAGGGACCACCAAAGGCCCAUUGAUAUCAUGUCCAGUGUUAUUAAACAGCUAGCUGGUCAACUACCCCAGUUUCCCAACAAACUGGUGGUGUUAUAUGAUGAGUGCACUGGAUACCAAAGAAGACCAGAUAUUAAGGAACUUCGUUCCUUAUUAUUGCAGUUGGCAAAACUCUUCACGCGUUCAUUUAUAGUUUUAGACGCCCUGGAUGAAUGUGACCAGGAAGACCAAAGGGAGGCGUUACUUCCCUUAUUUCAUCAACUCAAAACCAAUGGUUUCAACCUCUUAGUGACGAGUCGGCCACACCCAAUCGAUAUUCAGGAUUCGUUUAGGGAUGUGCCCUGUAUCAAUUACGUGGCGCAGGAUAAAGAUAUCAAAGUUUACAUCGACAACAGAAUCGACAUGAUGCCGCGGGCGAAGGGUCUGAUUAUGGGUAGCAAGAUAGAAGAUCAAUUCAUUUCAAAUCUUAUCAGCGCUGCGAAUGGAGUGAUAUUAUUUAUUAGUCUCAAUGUGGACUUUCUUUGUCAGCAGCCAACUCGACACGAUAUAUUAGCCGAACUUUCGAAGAUCCGAAGCGCCGGGGACCAAGAAACGAGAAUGGAUAGGACCUACGACAGAAUAAUGACCAGUAUCCGCGCUCAGAACCCCCGAUCUGUUAAGCUUGCCAUCAAGAUCCUCACACGGCUGGUCGCAGCUCGCCGACUUCUUACACUCCAAGAGCUCCAAGACGCGGUUGCAAUCAAGCUAGGUCACAACGAACUUGACAAGGACCGUGUGCCUCCUCCGGCUAUCAUACUAGAUACAUGUUGUGGCCUUGUCAUGAUCAAUGAGAUAAGUAAAGAGGUUCGUUUGACACAUUUCACUGUGCAUCAAUAUUUGCUCAAGGAGGGAAUAAUUGCGGAUGAUAUGCAUCAAAUCAUUGCUCGGGCAAGUUUGACAUAUCUUUCCUUUGAUCUUCCUUUGAUCGAGUAUGAGGUGGUCAAUAGUUACUUCAGUACAAACUACGAAGAUGUCAUGAUCGACAGCGACUCCUAUGAGAAAUGCGUUGGGUCCCAUCCGCUACUAGAAUAUAUUGCGAUUAGUCUAUCUUACCACCUCACGUUCGAUGAGCUAAAAACACUCCCAUACAUACGUGAGUUUCUCUCUGAACCCAAACAAACAACCAUCUACCUGCAAGUCCUAUAUCAAUAUAUAUGGAUGUUGAAGGGGGAUAUCCAACGUUCGGUAUUAUGGAGAGUUCACUCUCAAAUUCACAUAGCAACAUUCAUUGGGCACCGGGCUAUGGUAGAAUAUAUACUCCUCCACGAAGCAACAUCCAUCGAAUCCAGAGACCACAAUGGAAAUACCCCAUUGCAUAUAGCGGCAGCGUGCGGAAAAAGAGCUAUAGCGUCUUUACUCCUUGAGGGAGGUGCAAAUAUUGAAGCGCAGGAUGUUGAGGGGUGGAGGGCACUAGACAAGGCGAUAACUGCGGACCAUCCAUCAAUUGUCCGUCUUUUGUGUGAACAUAACGCCGGAAUCCAUCACCGGGGGGUGGGAGGUCAAUCUCCACUGCUGUCAGCGGCACGUGGCCGUAAAAAAGAUAUUCUACCCAUCUUGAUUGAGCACGGGGCCAACUCUGAAGACAGUCAUGGCGGGGAUCUGCUUCAUAUCCCGGUCACCCACCAGGAUGAAGAGUGUGUCGGAUAUUUGCUUGAUAUAGGUGUUGAUAUUAAUUCUAUAUGCAGUGGAUCCGACCUACCAGAAUUCAGAGGGCAGACGGCUCUGCAUAUAGCAGCGCGCGCCUCUUCAAGAUUCAUCAGCUACUUGAUUGGAAAGGGCGCGGAUAUAGAAUCCCUAGACCAGGAUAACUGUACUCCUUUACAUAAAGCCGCCGCUUGCGGUAAUCUAAGUGGUGUACAAACCCUAGUCGAUUCUGGGGCCAACAUUCACUGCGAGGACAACCGUGGUUUGACAGUACUACAUCUAGCGGCAGAGUCCGGUGAUGAAUCUGUUGUGGAAUACCUGUUGUCAAAAGGAUGCGAAAUUGAUUCCCAGGACUUGCAUGGGCGGACGGCAUUACACUGUAUAACGAUUCUCAACUCCUACUAUCGAGACGAUUCAGACCGCGAUGACUGGAGCCUAAACAUGUACCAAGAGACCGCGAGAACUAAGCGUCAUCCAUCCACGCGAAUCAGGAAGGAAUGUGUUUUUGGAUUUCUCAUCGAGCGGGGCGCUAAUCUCGAGUUAAGUGACAAUGAUGGCAAUACACCACUUCUUCUUGCUGCGAGGGUUUCUCAGCCUGGUAUUAUACAAACCUUACUCUUUCAUGGCGCGGACAACAACGCUCAAAACAACCUAUUACAUACAGCACUUCAUUGGGCGGCAGGACGUGAUGACGAAGCGAUGAUUGACGUCUUAUUAAGCCACGGGGCCAGCCAUCGGGCUCUGGACCACCAGCAAUUCACUCCGCUUCACUGGGCAGCAUAUACUGGAAGCGAGGCUGCUGCAAAGCUCUUAAUAAAAGCAGGUGCCGAUGUUACCUCUGGACACAUCGAUAGGCAAUCACCUCUUGAUUUUGUGGAGGCGGUGUUGAAGGAAGUGCUACGCCCCAUAUGUUUCUGUUCUUGCAAAACGUUCUUACAAUCAGAAAACUUCAGCAUAGCCUCCGAGUCCAUAUACAGAUCGGUCUCUCGAAACCACGUAUCCAACUCGCUGGGUGAACGCGAAAGAACGCCCUUCGUAUUAAUAAGACACUUUAUCAGGGGACACCGGCUUCACAGGUUAAAACUUGAACGAACUAGGAAUAUACUCAUUGAAGCGACGAGAUAUCAAUCACCGCCCCCCAGUGAUCUGAGAUUAUCCAGCGCUGGAGCUGCCAGGGACAGUCGGGGGACAAUCGCACCACAAAGAGGCAGGAUAGGCCAGAAUGUCAGGAUGAUUCUAAAUGCGAGGAUUCGUUGGAUAUAG